CGUGACCAUGGCUACUGGUCCAGCUACUCAAUCCCUCAAGUGUGUGGUGACGGGUGAUGGUGCGGUAGGAAAAACAUGUCUCCUGAUUUCGUACACGACCAACGCUUUCCCCGGCGAAUAUAUCCCUACCGUAUUUGACAACUACACCGCUAGUGUGAUGGUAGAUGGCCGACCGAUUAGCUUGGGACUUUGGGAUACUGCUGGACAGGAAGAUUACGACCGUCUUCGCCCAUUGUCCUACCCGCAAACCGACGUCUUCCUGAUCUGCUUCUCCAUCGUUAGCCCGCCGUCCUUCGACAACGUUAAAGCCAAGUGGUUCCCGGAGAUUGAACACCAUGCCCCCAACGUCCCCAUCAUCCUGGUCGGCACCAAGCUCGAUCUGCGAGACGACCGUGGUACCAUAGAUGCUCUCCGACAGCGAAAGAUGGAGCCCGUCUCCUACGAACAAGCUCUGGCCGUGGCCAAGGAAAUCCGGGCACACAAGUACCUCGAAUGUUCGGCCCUGACGCAGCGCAACCUGAAGAGUGUAUUCGACGAGGCGAUCCGCGCUGUCCUCAAUCCCCGGCCUGCGGCCAAACCGAAGAACAAGAAAUGCGUGAUUCUGUAGAUCGUCCCCAAGGACAUGUUCGACUUCCCAAUAAUAUAAACAACUAAUACGGCGUCUGGGUUACGGGGCCUGUGCCGGCCCCAUCUUGAUGAUCUUCUUCUCUUUUUGCCUUGUGUGCCCCGUUCCUCGUCCAUUUUUGGUGCCAUGAUCCUGAUGUUGUUCUCUAUUUUCUUCGGGUUCAGGAUAACCUUGCCUCUCUCUCUCUCAUACACAUUGUCCCCCUCCUCGCCUCCCUUUAAUGCAGUAUAAAGAUGUAACAUGCCAUACAAUACCACUCAAUGAACGUGACUUACGGGUUUCUGGGAUUGCAGAUCUUACUCCAUGUUACUAAGUGAAGUCUCC